AUGGAUUUUCGCUUUGGCCGUCGUCCGCCAUUUGGUAAAACGGAAAUUAAAUUCAACUUCAAAUUAACUUUGGAAGGAAAUGGGAUUUUAAUCCCCGUGAUGAAAAGUGUUUCCUUCCAAACGGAAGUUCAGAUUAACGGCAGAUGUGCCACCCUUUCGUCCAGAAACUUUCCCAUUUACUCCAUUGCUAGCGUUUCGCAGCAAAGUCACGAUUCGUAUACACUUUACGUUGGAGGUGGCGGUGGUACUUCCAAAACAGGCAUUCCAAACGGAUUUACUUCCAUGGCCAUCUCUAGCGAGUCCGGCAUCCCACUUAAUGCAGAGGAGGCCCCCUUCUGCUCAACAAAAGACACAGUUCUUGGGUUGAGGUCUAUUUCGGACACCGAAUUUCUGGUUGCCGUCGGCGAUAAAGUAGUCAAGGCUAUCAAGGAUUCGGGCGAGUUUCACAUAACCAACCCCAAAUCCGAGUCUUUUUCACUUGCCGAUGACGACUUUAUUCGUUUGGUCAAGCGUAUCGAUGCAGACAAGUUUUUCGUGCUAUAUGCCAGCGGACAGAUUUUUUCGUACAUCAACGACAAAUACGAGUCCAUUAGCGACCAGUUUCAGCUUGAAUCAAUGUCCGAUAUCAAGUCGAUCGACGCCUUUCAGCAGCUCAUAGCCAUUACCACGUCAACGUUUGUGCACAUCUUUACAUUUUCUGUUGAUGCGAAAAACGGCUCAAUCAACAUUAUGGCGGAUAAGCGCCAAACCGUCAAGGCAGAUGCCAUCAAAAGCAUAAAGAUCCGCUCCUUUUGGUAUGUUUACUCACACCCAGGUGUGGGAACUGCAGCGGCAAGUUCUGAUAAGCUCAAAGCAUACCGCUAUACAAUUGGCGAUCAGGUGUGCUAUCAUACCAUGUUGACAUGUAGUUCCAAUGGCCUGGUUCUUGCGGUAGGGUUUUCCAAUGGCGACAUUGUCAAUUAUUGUGCGCAUAGCUUUAAAGUACACGUGUUUUUUGUAACACUAGGUGUUCCAAUCCUUCAAAAACUGCCACUCUCUUCCUCCAACUUGUCUCGAAUUUGUAAAUUUUUCCCAGCAUCUCAUUUCUGGUUCGCCAGAUGGAUAUUUAAAUAUUCUCCCGGUUUCCGUAUAUCCAGUGUCUGGGCCAGGCAUCCUAACUCGUGGUCAUAUAUUCCUAUUGUCCCUUGCGCUAAUAAUUAUAGCCAUUCUCCUUAG